UCAUUUACAACUUCUCCAUAUUUUUUCAAGCCACCAUGAAAGCAAUCCACCUCCCCCUCGUCACACAUCUCCACCAUCACAACCUUGACCUAACUAAAAAUAGGGUUCCCAAGGUCUAUGCCUACCAAGAUGUUGUUAAAACCUCAAAGAAAUCAAAUAGGCUUGGUGAAAAAUUGUCAAACCUUUUAAACAUUCAAAAGAAUGAUCCUCCUCCUAGUACUCAUUCUACUUUGAACAAUAUUCAUGAAGACAAGGCCAACACACCUACCAUGUCACCUAAGGAGGACAUAUCCGAUCGAUGGCGCGACAUUCAUGGUGUUCAUGAAUGGGAAGGACUUCUUGAUCCACUCCAUCCUUUGCUUCGUCGAGAAAUUGUAAAAUAUGGUGAGUUUGCUCAAGCAACUUAUGAUGCAUUAGAUAUUGACUCAUUCUCUGAGUAUUGUGGAAGUUGCAUGUACAAUAGUCAUAAAUUGUUUGAUAAGUCAGGACUUAACAAGAGUGGCUACAAAGUUACAAAGUACAUCUAUGCUAUGUCACAAAUAGAUAUGCCCCAAUGGCUUGAAAGAUCAAAAUUGACAUACACAUGGAGCAAAGAUUCAAAUUGGAUUGGUUUUGUGGCAGUUAGUGAUGAUGAAGAAUCGCGACGAAUUGGGAGGAGAGAUAUUGUUGUGGCAUGGAGAGGCACAGUGACACCUUCAGAAUGGUAUGAAAAUAUGCAGAGGAAAUUAGAGUCAAUUGGACAUAUGGACUCAAAAGUAGAACAUGGUUUUCUUAGUAUUUACACAUCUAAGUGUGAUUCAACUAGAUACAACAAAUCAAGUGCCUCAGAACAAGUCAUGAAAGAAUUGAAAACAUUGGUAGAUUUUUACAAAACAAAAAGUGCUGAACAAGUUAGCCUCACAAUAACAGGACAUAGCCUAGGGGGUGCACUUGCUCUACUAAAUGCUUAUGAAUCAGCAGCAAAUUUUCCAAAACUUCCAAUUAGUGUUAUUUCAUUUGCAGCCCCAAGAGUUGGGAAUAUUGCAUUUCGCGAUGAGCUUUAUCAAAUGGGAGUCAAAAUUUUACGUGUUACAGUGAAACAGGACUUAGUCCCUCGAAUGCCCGGAAUAGUUUUGAAUGAAAGUCUACAAAAAUUCGACGAUCUUACUGGGACAUUAGAGUGGAUUUACACACAUGUUGGUGCUGAAUUGAAGCUUGAUGUUAGGUCUUCACCUUAUCUUAAAAGGGGGUUCAAUUUUAUAGGGAUUCAUAUGCUUGAGACAUACCUUCAUUUAGUAGAUGGUUUUGUGAGUAGUAGUUCAACAUUUAGGUCUAAUGCUAAAAGGGAUGUGGCACUAGUGAACAAGGCAUGUGAUAUGCUUGUAGAUGAGUUAAGAAUUCCUACUUGUUGGUACCAAUUGGCCCACAAGGGGUUAGAGUGUAAUUCUUAUGGUAGAUGGGUAAGGCCCAAAAGAGAUCCAGAAGAUAUUCCUUCACCUACUAGCAGGGAAGAAAAUACUUAUGACUCUAAUUGGGCCGCCAUUCCUUUAAGAGGAUCUGUGAGAGCUCGUAGUACAAAGGCAAUCGUAGAAACAACAAGUGAAGAACAGAUUGAGCUGACUAGAAAUUUGAAGAUUCAUUGUGCAAAAUAUUCCUCGCAAGGUUACAAUGCAGCCUCUAUUAGGACCGCCUUUCCUUCAAGAGGAUCUGUGAGAGCUCGUACUACAAGGAGAAUAGUCAUUGAGACAAAUCCUCAAUAUCCAAAUACUCCACCAAGUACCUCCACAACAAGAGCUGCACUUUCAACGCCUGUGUUUAAUCCUGUUUCUGAACUCUCAUUUACGCUGGGCAAAAGUUUACCUUCAGAGGGUUACAAUGCAGCCUCUAUUAGGACCGCCUUUCCUUCAAGAGGAUCUGUGAGAGCUCGUACUACAAGGGCAAUCGUAGAAACAAGAAGUGAGGAGCAGAUUGAGCUGACUAGAAAUUUGAAGAUUCAUUUAAUCAUUCCUCCACAAAGAGCUGUCCGUGGUUGUCCUACUAGAAGGAAUGUGGAGCCGCAAAAACAAGAGGUACCCAAUGAACUAGAAGUGCAACCCCAAGGAGAGGUCACCAAUGCUGAAUUUUGGGAAGCAAUCCGAAUGCUAAGUCAGGCUGUGACUAACCAGGUUGAGGAGGAGAAGCUGAGUGAUAUGGAGGAAUUCAGAAAUAAGAAGGCUAAGACGACAGGGAAUGAGUCCGGGCAGCCAAGAAAUAAUGCGAACCGGUCUUCCUUUCAGCAAAAUCAAAAGGAACUUGCUCCAUCAUCUGCUUUUGCCCCAUCAGACAGGGCUACACCUAGAGGAGCCACUUCCGGUACUUGCGGAGAAGCAAACCGUCUCUAUGCGAUCACUAGUCGUUAA